UAUAAAUGGUCUUGAAUUAUAUAAAAUAUAUUAUUACAUUGUAGGCCUACAAAUGAAGAGUUCGGCUUUGUGUAUAUAAUAUGUUGACAUUGUGUUAAUUAGCAGAUUUUCUAGUUUCUCUUGUAAACAGGCCAUUAGCAUCCAGCUAACAUUAGCAUCCAGCUAAUGUUAGCUAACAUGUUAGCGUUGACUGCGCGCGCUGUUUGUCCGUGUCUCGUGCAUUAUGGUCUCGUGAUGAUCUCCCCACUGAGUUACUUCAGUCAUCAGCAAAUAUGAACUGUGUUCUUGAAGGAAAAGCUGUAAAAGCAUUUGGAAAGGCCAUCCACGCGCUGUCGCGGAUCGGAGAGGAGCUGUGGUUGGACCCGAUGGGUCGAGGGCUGGCACUGAGGUCAGUAAAUUCUGCUCGUUCUGCGUAUGCCUGCUUCCUCUUCUCGCCGCUGUUCUUCCAGCACUACAGCCUGGAUUCAGUAUCAGAGCAGGACAGUGAAACAAUCCGAUGCCAACUGCUCAUCAAGUCUAUUCUUCCUCUUUUCCGGUGUUUGACUUCGAUUGAGCGUAAUGUGGAACGAUGUCAGAUCUCGAUCAGCUCUCCCAAUGGCCGAGUGAUGGUCCAGUUUUUCUGCAGACAUGGCAUCACUAAGACCCACAACCUGUGUUUCCUGGAAAGUGAAGCUCUGCAGGCAGCGUUUGCCUCACACCUCUGUCCCAAUGUGCUGAAAGCUCCUGCCAGACUUCUUGGCGAUAUUGUGAUGCAUUUCCCCGUGUCCCAGGAGGAAAUCACUCUGUCCAUGAGUCCUCUGAGAGUCAGUCUGAGAAAUUACAACGAGGGGGGAAAUGAUCACGUUAGGAUUAUGUACACUGAAAUGUCUCUACACCCAGACGAGUUUGACUACUUUCAGAUCGGCGUGGAGUCGGACGUAACCUUCUGUCUGAAGGAGCUGAGGGGUUUACUGUCCUUUGCAGAGUCACAUUGCCUUCCAGUGUCCGUCCACUUUGGUGCUGCAGGAAAGCCGGUGAGCUUCUCAGUGGAGGACAUGGUCCUGGAGGCUAUUGUGGUGCUGGCUACUCUGAUCGACUCCGAGAGCAAAGGCCUCUCUCAGCCUGCAGAGGCGCUGGCAGUGACCCCCUCCAGGUGUGCAGAGGCUGCAGUUCUACCUGUGGGUGAAUGUAACCGCAGUCAGACUCAGGAUGUUCCUGCUGUGAUGGAGAUGAUAGCCUCCAGUCAGGGCAGCCCCAUGAUCCACACUCCUGCUCUGAUGCUGCUUCUGCCUCAGGCCGACGGGCUCAGUGCAGCUGAUGAGGCUUGUGCCACCACGAGUCCGGCGUCCUCCACGAUCUGCUCGCUGCUGUUCAGAGCCGUGUCCUCGCAGCAGGCUGAUGGCGGCUGCGCUGCCAGACUUCCUGUCCUGGCGUGUUGCAGUGACGGAGAAGAGGAAGAUUGAUGUAUGUCUAAAUGUACUUAUUAUGUUUCUAUUUGUUUAAAUUAUUAAGUUUCCCCAAGAUGUUCAGUUGUAACAGAAUGUAUUUAUAAUUAUUAUUUAUCAAAGAAUAAAUCAGUUUGUUUCGCAAUUUCAA